AUGCAACCUAAAGCACCAUCUAUCAAAACUGUUUCUUUAAAGACAUCCCAUAUUAACCGAAACGAACAAAGUCUAGAUUAUGCGAUACGAUCAGGUCUUGCUGGUGGCAUAGCAGGCUGCUUGGGAAAAACAGUAAUUGCACCUUUAGAUAGAGUCAAGAUUCUUUUUCAAGCAAGAAAUCCAGUGUUUGAAAAAUAUUCUGGUCGGUUUACAGGUGUAUUUGAAGCAGGCAAAGACAUUUUCAAAAGAGAGGGUCUGCUUGGUCUCUUCCAAGGCCAUUCUGUCACCCUCGUUCGUGUCUUCCCCUAUGCAGCAAUCAAAUUUGUAGCUCUUGAACAGUUUCGAUCAAUCUUGAUGCCUACAGCAGAACUCAGGAACUCGCCUCGUCGUCACUUUAUAGCAGGAUCCAUGGCAGGCAUCACAUCUGUCUUGUUUACUUAUCCACUGGACCUUGUCCGUGUACGCAUGGCUUAUGAAGUCAAUCGGCAGGGCGUAUGGGCAACAUAUACAAAAGUUUACCGAGAACCCGCAGCAGCUCCACUAUUGAAUUUUUAUAGAGGAUUUUUACCAACUGUGGUAGGUAUGACACCGUAUGCUGGUGUGUCCUUUUGGUUUUAUCAUCUUGCUACACGAUUUUUUCGGCAUAAUCCAUGGGUAACACCCUAUACGCGUGUUUCGAUGGAUCAUUAUGGAAUGGAGAAGCCCCCUUUGAAGACAUGGGCAGAAUUAUUGUGUGGUGGAUCAGCAGGAUUAGUUGCUCAGACAAGCAGCUAUCCAUUAGAGAUUAUUCGUAGAAGAAUGCAGAUUGGGGGUUUAUUAGAUCCCAAUAGAUUUGUGAGUUUCAAAGACACGGUCAAAGACAUUUACCAAGCUAAAGGAAUCAAGGGAUUCUUUGUUGGACUCACAAUUGGUUAUAUAAAAGUGAUACCCAUGGUUGCUAUUGGCUUUUUUGCUUAUGAACGUAUGAAGCAAGUAUUAGACAUUGAAUAA